UCUCCUCCUCCUCCUAAAGCCUCCCCAAAACCCUAAUUUCUGCAGACUGCAAAACCCCCUUUUCCUUCCCGCUUCCUCCUCGCGGCCGGAACCGGAUCACGAUGGGCAAAUCCGGCGAGAAGGAAGCGCCGCCGACCGAGCCCCCGGUGCCGCGCGACGGCGGAGGAGCAGGAGACGGAGGAGGCGAUGAGGCGGAGGACGAGCGCAGCUUCGAAGAGAUCGGGCUCGACCCCCGCCUGGUCCGCGCCCUGUCGAAGAAGGGCGUCGAGAAGCCCACCCCGAUUCAGCAAGUCGCCAUCCCGCUGAUCCUCGAAGGUAAAGAUGUUGUUGCGAGGGCGAAGACCGGCUCCGGGAAGACUUUCGCUUACCUCCUCCCUCUGCUUCAGAAGCUGUUCAGCAGUUCUGGGUCGAAGAGUAAAGUUGCUCCGAGCGCGAUCGUUCUCGUCCCGACCAGGGAACUAUCUCAGCAGGUCCGUACUGAGGUCUUGUCCCUGAUCGAGUUAUGUCGAGUUCAGCUGAAAGCUGUGGAAUUAACUGGGGGAGCUGAUAUGCGAGCUGCGCUGGCUGGAUCGCCCGAUAUUCUUGUCUCGACUCCUGGUUGCAUACGCAAAUGUCUGUCAUCUGGUGUUCUUCAACCAGCAUCGCUGAGCAAUUCACUUGAAAUUCUUGUUCUUGAUGAGGCAGACCUCUUACUUUCAUAUGGCUAUGAGGAGGAUCUAAGAGCUCUUAAGGCACAUAUUCCUAGACGUUGUCAGUGCCUCCUUAUGUCUGCUACAUCAAGUGCCGAUGUUGAGAAACUCAAGAAGCAGAUAUUGCACAACCCGUUCAUACUGACUUUGCCAGAAGUUGGAGAUGUUAAGGAUGAUAUCAUUCCUAAGAAUGUUCAGCAAUUUUGGAUUUCAUGCGCCGAGCAUGAUAAACUGCUUCACAUCCUUGCUCUCUUAAAGCUGGAGUUAGUGCAGAAGAAGGUUUUGAUAUUUAUGAAUACUAUUGACAUGGGAUUCAGAUUGAAACUCUUUCUGGAGAAGUUCGGGAUCCGUUCUGCAGUUUUAAAUGCGGAGCUGCCACAAAAUUCUCGUCUUCAUAUGCUUGAGGAAUUCAAUGCUGGGCUUUUUGAUUACCUGAUUGCAACUGAUGAUAGUGAAAUAAAAGAAAAGGCAAAAGCCAAUGAUGAGAACCAAGGGCAGCGAAAGAAAUCUCGAAAGCAUGCUAAGGCAAAAUUGGACUCUGAAUUUGGAGUAGUCAGGGGAAUCGACUUCAAAAAUGUUCAUACGGUUAUUAAUUUUGAAAUGCCUCCAAGUGUUGCGGGAUAUAUACAUCGUAUUGGACGAACUGGAAGAGCAUACAACACCGGGUCGGCUGUGUCCCUGGUUUCCCCUAAGGAGAUGGAUAUUUUAGAAGAGAUAAAAUCCUUCUUAGGGGAGGAUGAGAACAAAGAGUCGAAUCUUGUGCCAUUUCCUUUGCUCACAAAGAAUGCCGUUGAAUCCUUACGCUAUAGAGCUGAGGACGUUGCAAAGAGUGUGACAAAAGUUGCUAUCAGAGAAUCACGGGCUCAGGACUUAAGGAAUGAAAUUCUGAACUCUGAAAAGUUGAAAGCUCAUUUUGAAGCUAAUCCUAGGGACUUAGAUUUGUUGAAACACGAUAAGGUUCUGAGCAAGAAGCCCCCUGCUUCUCAUCUACGUGAUGUGCCCGAUUACUUAUUGGAUCCCAAGACUCAGGAAGCAAGCAAGAUGGUCAAGCUUGCUAGAGCUGCUAUGGGGAAGUGCAACCCUUCUAAUAAGCAGGUGACUAAGAGGAAAUCUAGGAAAAGCAGAGAUCCUCUCAAGACAUUCACAGUUGAGGCGCCGAAAAGGGCUCAAGGAGGUGGGAACAAGGUAAAUCAAAGGGAUGGCGAUCAUAAUCGCAAAAGCAAGAAGAGGAAAUCUGUAGAUUAGCUAAUUUACACAGCUAUCCAUUCCCUCUUUUUCUUUUUUGGGAUCUGUAAGCCCACAAUUUUGUAUCGAGACACUUGUGCAUCUUCAGUGUUUAUUUUGAGCUACCUAACGGUCGACGACACUUUUCUCUCAUCGAUAGGUUUUCCAUUUCUAACUGUUGAAUA